AUUCAAUGUUUUAGACAUUACUUUCACUUUACAACUAAUCUCAUGUGAUAUCAAAAACUAAACAAUUUGUCAUAUUUUUAGUCACUUUUCUAUAAUUGAAUAUUGAAUUAAAUUUAGUUUAAUUUUUAUAUUGUUUGAUGUAUUGAACCAAUUUUGGUGAUAAACAAUGAGUGAGUUGAGUGCGAGUGACCGCAAACUUGUGGACACAAUUGAACAAUACUAUCAUCAGUUGGCAGCCGAGGCCAAGAAGAAACACUCGCCGGUCAAAGAGGCGGCCGAAUCGGGAAUCGUUAAGAUCCGCAAUGUCUGCAAACGACAACAAAAUCUGAAGACCGCUCUUAUGAGUGAUAGUCCAGAAUUAAUGGAACCAUUCUUCAUGGGAUGUGAUACUAAAGUGUCAAAAGUAUGUCUUAUUUGUCUCAAUGCCAUCCAGAAGCUCAUCAUAUUUGAAGCAAUCAAUCAAACUGCGGCUAAUAAUUUGUUGAACUGUUUAUGGAAUCUAAUGGAAAGCGGUGUCGAAGAGUUAAAACUUUUACAAACCAUCACUUUGUUGAUCACAACCAACAGUAUAGUUAAAGGCGAGAGUUUAGCCAAAGCAUUGUCUCUCUGUUUUCGUCUUCACUUUACGAAGAAUUCUACCACUAAUAACACCGCUUCUGCUACUAUUCGUCAAUUAGUUUCAGCUAUUUUUGAAAGAGUUCAGAUCGAAGAUAAAACAUUACCCGAAGGGAAUAAAAAUAAUGACAUUAAGUUUGACGAUAUAAAGACCGGAAAAUACACUCCAAGUUGUUUAGAGCCAUCAGCUUCAGACGCUUUUUACUUUUUUCAGGAUUUGGUACAAUUGGUUAAUGCGGAACAACCCUUUUGGUUGACCGGAUUGACGGAAAUGACGCGAACUUUCGGUUUAGAGCUAUUAGAGCUCAUUUUCUUAACAUUUCCGGAUGUUUUCUAUAAGCAUCAAGAGUUUAGUUUCCUAUUGAAAGAAAGAGUUUGUCAAUUAGUUAUCAAAUUAUUUUCUCCAAACACUAAAUUACGGACUCAAACACUGAAUUUGCAAACAAAUGCAUUACAAACUACUGACAAACCCUUUUGGCCCAUAACUGUGCGUUUGAUGCGAAUUGUUUCAGUUUUGAUCCAAAAGUUUUAUACAAUGCUUAUAACGGAAAGCGAAAUAUUUUUGUCACUUUUAGUAAAAUCAUUAGAGUCUGACAAACCUAUUUGGCAACGUUCAAUGGCUUUGGAAGCAUUUUACCGUAUGAUUCAACCGAAUUUGAUAAGUUGUUUAUGUCGCUUCUAUGACAUGAAACCUCACAGCUCAAAAAUAUUUCGUGAUAUUGUAAACGCUUUGUGUAUAUAUAUAAAGUCUCAGUUCCUGUUUGUUGAUUCGUCUACCACUCAAAGUCUAAUCGCUUCAAUUGUUAACAAUAACAACACUUCAAAUCCCAGUGUCGUUACAUCCAAUUCUUCGAUAACUUCUUCCUUAAAUCCCAUUUCAAACACAAAUAAUUCAAAUCCAGCUUUUCUUUUGAGGGGUGUUUAUAUACCACUUCUUUUCAAUACAAAUAAACUAAAAUAUAAGCCAUACUUUAUUGAACAAUUGGACAAAUUAGAGGCUCCCACUGCACCUGAAGGACAUGGAUUAUCUUCAGCAUUUGCAUGUGUUUUGGAAAUAGUUGACAAUAUAACUAAUGUUAUUGAAUCAGAUGUAAAAAAUAAAGUUAAUAACAUUAAUGAACACAUGGAUGUUGUCGACACUCUCAAUGAUGACAUACGACUUCUUCAUGAAAAUCUUUUGAGCGCUUCUUGUUGUGGUAUUUUGGGUGCAUUUUCAUUGCUAUUGGAUGCCUCUACCGAUGAAGCAAUAACUGAAUUAAUUUUAAGCAAAAUGAAAAAAUUAGCUGGUCUCUACGGGAUAUACGAAUUAGAUGAGGCCAGAGAUGCAACCCUUACAUCAAUUUGCAAGUCAUCUCUUCCUCCAAAUUAUAGUUUAUCUGUUCUUAAUUUAAAUCAAAAAAGUGAUAAUAAUUCAAAGUUAACUAAUCGUAAAACAAGUUUAGAUAAAAGCGAUUCAAUAAAUAUAACAAAUUUAAUUUCUCAACAAAAUUCACAAAAUACAUCUGGAAAUCCAUAUAUGGGUACAAAUGAGUCGAGUGAGACUCGACAACAGGUGAUUGCUGUGGGAACUCCUUUACCGACACAAUCGCUUACUCAGAAUACCCAACCGGGACCUGUUCUGCUAACAUCGAAAAAUCUUCAGUGUAUGAAUGCAAUAUUGACAGUGGCCAACAUUCAGGGAUCCGUCUUAAAUGAAAACUCGUGGCAUAUUAUUUUGACAACUUUACAACAUUUAGUGUGGAUAUUGGGACUUAAACCAACUAAUGGUGGUUCACUUAAAAUUGGCAGACCUGGUACUGAAGCGGGUGUUUCGACAAACACAUUGAUAACAACUGCUGCGAUGUCAGAUCUACCAAUGCUUUCAACAAUGUUAUCCCGACUCUUUGAGUCUUCACACUAUGCUUCUGUAGGCGAUCUGUUGUCUCAGGUUUUUCAUAGUUCCCAAUACUUAAAAACUGAGUCAUUGAUGCAUUUGGUGAACGCUUUGGUGAAAUUAUCGCAAGAAUCGAUGGAUAUUGCAUAUAACAAUAGGGAACCAUCACUAUUUGCAGUCGCAAAGCUUAUGGAGACAGCUAUUGUUAAUCUCAACAGAAUUGAUGUUAUUUGGAAACAAAUGACUUCUCAUUUCUUGGAAGUGUGCGCUCACCCACACAUUAAAAUGAGGGAAUGGGGUGUUGAAGCGUUAUGUAAUUUAGUAAAGUCAGCUCUUUCUCAAACACAAUCGGAGACUAAUUAUAAACCAGAGUUUGAAAUUUCUGAGACAACAAUAACUAAUUUAACUAACAAUUCGGGUCCGACUGUCAAACAAUUUAUGUUUUUGGCUCCACUUCAGGAACUCUCUGAUAUCAAUCAUUCAGAUAUACGACAAAAACAAUUGGAUUGUGUGCUUCAGAUUUUACAAUCAAAUGGAGACAUAUUAACAUACGGUUGGACUCAAAUCUUUGAAAUAGUUGGCGCAAUAAAUGAAACUCAAACAGAAAAUCUUAUUAGACUAUCCUUUCAAUGUCUUCAGUUAAUAAUAGCAGACUUUUUAGCUUUGAUUCCAACUAAUUGUUUGGUAUUAUGUGUGGACACGACCGCCAAAUUUGGUUCUCAAAGUCAAGAACUAAAUACAUCAUUAACAGCAAUUGGUUUACUCUGGAAUAUUGCAGACUUUUUACAUACCAAUCAAAACAAAAUUAAGUCACUUAUUGAACAAAAUGUUAAUCAAAAUGAGUCCGAAAAAUGUGAUAAAAAUAAUUUAAAUCUUUUUGAUGUCUUAUGGAUGGCAUUAUUUAUGCGAUUGGGUGAUCUCUGUACUGAUUCUCGAGCUUCAGUACGUAAAAGUUCAGCUCAAACACUGUUUGCAACGCUUUCAACGCAUGGAUCCACUUUAGAGGCUAAAACAUGGAAAUCCGUUAUGUGGGAUGUCUUGUUCACACUUUUAGAUCGAGUUAAACAACUAUCUGUUUUGGCAUCGAGUGAUAAAAUUACUGACAGUAAAACUAUGGGAAGUGCCAGUUCUACUAUUAUUAUGCAUCAUUCAAGAAAUACAGCACAAAAACAAUGGUCUGAAACUCAAGUAUUAGUUUUAUCGGGUGUUUCAAGGAUUUUAAGCUUAAAAAUAGAUUUAUUGGUUAAUACCGAUGAUUUCUACAAGACUUGGAUACUAUUAUUAGAGUUUAUAGAGUCAUCAGCUCUUAAUAAGAAUAGUGAGGUUUCUCUUUCAGCGCUUAAAUGUUUUCAAGAAAUAUUAUGUUUGACUAAAAGCGCUAAUAAUAGUAAAGAAUCCAAUUGUUCGCAAACUUUAUGGGACUCCGCCUGGAAUUCAUGGUAUAAUAUUGGAUACACAACAACACAAAUGUCAAAUGAUUCAUCAGAUGCUAUAAAUAAAAACAUUGACAUGUCUUUAGUUUAUGUGCCAUCGCAAGCAUUCUUGACAUCACUCAUCCAAUUAUUUCCUUAUUUGUUUAUUUACAUAAAACACAAAUUUACUGAAAGUGAUUUUCACAAAUUGUCUCAUGUUUUACAAAACUCAUUAUCGGUGCCAUUGGUGAACACCGACGCGAGUUUGCCGUAUAUGUUAUCACUUUCGAUGUCAGAAUCGUUAACUCCAUUACAAGAGAAUAUUUUAUUCGUUUUGGAAACUCUUCAAAAAGAGAUAUUAGUCGACUCUGAUCUCAAUUCACUUUUGCCGUCCAUUUUUAAUCAAUAUUUAGCCCUUUCAUGUUAUGCAGUUAACAUAACUCCGCCUCAACUGCCGGUGUUUGUCAAAACACAAAUUUCUCCGCAAUUAAUAACUAGUGAACUGUCAACUCUUAAUUCAAAUACUUAUACAGCAUUUGGAGAAAGAGCUCUGAAAAAUGCAUUAUCUCUUUACCAGAAGACUGCUAACGAAGAAAUUGUUAUUAAGUCCCAUAUUCUUCAUUCAAUUAUAAAGACGUUAAAGAUAUCAUUGUGUCUGAAAUAUUCUUGUCAUUCGCCAACAACUUGGAAAUUGUCUGUAAAUACAUUAUUAACUGUAUUACAAAUAGGAUUACCAGUUGCUCGGGCUAAUGUAUCAGAUUUUAUUGGUAUUUGGGCUGAUUUAGCCCUUUGUUUUGAUGGCUUCCUAUUUCCAGUAUCGAGACCGCCAUCAACUCAGACUCUGGAAGAGCAACAGUUUGAUGAAUCACUUGACGUUAAAAUAGUUGAAUUAAUUCGUGACACAAUUAUGCCAUUUGCCUCUCAAAUACCAAAAGAGUUUGUUUUACAAAUUGUUUCACUUCUCAAUAAAGGGUCGAUUCACUCGGCAACCAAUAGUUCACCCGUUGAUACAGAAUCGUCACGAAAAUUACGCGAAGAGUUUGCGAGGACUUGUUUUGAGACAUUACUGCAGUUUUCAUUUUUGGCUCAGAAGGACAAUCCGGGACUUUUCAUGAAGACGUCAGCAAAUGAAUUAACUCCGGAUCACAACAUAGGAAUUGUCAAUAAACUAGCCGUCACUUCAAUACUUCAACGAUUUAAUGAUGUGGUUAUUAAAUAUGUAGAGGAUGAACGACUUUGUCCCUGUCCUCUACCCCGUCAUCGAAUGGCGGAAAUAUCAUUUGUUUUGAAAGCAUUGGCCACUUUAAUCGUGUCAUUAAAGAAAGCACCGGUAGAUAGUGUGGAACCACAUGUUUGGGAUCUAUUGAUUCGAUUAUACCCUCACAUAGUUGACUGUACGACAUCUAACUCAGUACAAGUUAAUCGAUCGCUUCGGGAAGUAUUACAUCAAUAUUCAGACCUAUUAUCACCACCGCAUCCUAUUCCCCAAAAGUCAUUAAACAAUGGAUGUUAAGUCCCCAAUAUUAUCUGAAAUCUCAUUUUGAUGUAACUAUCAAUUGCAUCAAUUUUAUAAU